UGAAGUUCUGUUUGUUUUUGUUUCCUUCUUCUUCAGCUCAGACGCCCAAAGUGUUUCAGUGAGAGAAGAAAGAGAGGACAGGUGAACAUGCAGCUCUUCCUGGCUCUCUGCUUUCUGCUGGGAAUCCCCAGCGGGGCUCCAGACAUUCACUCUCUGAAGGUUUUCUACACUGGAGCCUCCAAUGUUCCAAACUUUCCAGAGUUUGUGACUGUGACUCUGGUGGAUGAAGUUCAGAUUGAUCACUACGACAGCAGCACCAGGAGAAAAGUUCCCACACAGGACUGGGCGAACAAAAUCACAGAAGAAGAUCCAACGUACUAUGAGAGAUUCACUCAGACCCUGAUGGGAAUUCAGCAGUGGUUCAAAGCAAACCUUGAGAUCUUGAAGCAGCGUUUGAACCAAACUGGAGGUGUUCACAUUUUCCAACUCAUGUCUGGUUGUGAAUGGGACGAUGAAACUGAUGAAGUGAACGGAUUUCGAAAGUUUGGUUUCGAUGGAGAAGAUUUCCUCGUUUAUGACCUGAAGACAGAAACAUGGAUCGCUAAAGUUCAACAGGCUGUUCCCACAAAACACAGGUUGGACAAUAACAAAGCAGUGAUGGCUCAUUGGAAGCACUACCACACCACUGUAUGUCCUGACUUGCUGAAGAAGUACGUGAAGUUUGGUCGGAGCUCACUGAUGAGAAAAGGUAAAAUGUUUGGAGUUUGUCUCUCAGCUUCUCUUCUUUCAUGCUGCUCUCAGCAUCUCCUCUCCUCUCUCCAUCUGGCCUUCCUUCAUCCCUCUUUCCAUGGCCCGUCUCUUCCUGGCUGCAGUGGCUGACAUGAGAGAGAAAGAGUGUAGAGAAGAAUCCAGUAAAGUGUGAGGCGUCUUCCUGCCUGUUCUCCAGAUCUUCCCUCAGUGUCUCUCCUCCAGAAGACUCCCUCCUCUCCGCUCACCUGCCACGCUACAGGUUUCUACCCCGACAGAGCCGACUUGUUCUGGAAGAAAGACGA